UGGUUAUGGAAGUGGCUUGUCACUUAUUCAAUAAUUUUGUCCCCUGCUAUUUUGUUAUUUCACCUGAUCAUCUCAAACUUGGACUUGAGGCAAAGCUAAGUAGCAUAUUCAACGAAAGAGUUGUAUGAUUAUGAAUCCAACAAAGUUGGAAACUGACAGUAUCAUUGGUAAGCCUAAACAGGCAAUCCCCCCACCGCCACUUCCAAGAUUCUGGGCAAGGAAGACUACUGCCGACAGUAUAACAAACCGAGAGAUUGCCAAGUUCUGGAGGCAGAAGCGCAUUGAAGAAGAGGAUCACCUACUGGCUGCCAUAAAGGCUGCAGCACGCAUCAGGGCCCGCAAUCUGUCGGAGGAAGACUGUAAGUAUUUUGAAGAGUCACUGAGCAAUGAAGAUAACAACGCUAAGGAGAAGAUCACAGCCCCAACCAACAACGGAAAAGGAGAUAAAAAAAAUAAUGAAAUUCGUGUGGGAAUAAAGGACUGGUGGACAAAGAGCAAGUAUGCGUACUUAAACCAACCAGCUGUUGAAUCCAUGGGCGAUCCAAAGCGAGGAGCAUCCACUUAUUUUCCAAUGUUUUUUAAUUAUAAACCUGCUCCUUUAUAUCCUACAUCACUUGGUGUCUUUUAGACCAUUGGGAUAGGGGAGCUCUUUCAACUUUCGAUUGAUUGCAUUACCUGCCAUGCAUUGAUUUGUAUGUGUCAUUGAGAGUUCUUUUCAUUUAUUUAAGUGUGCUUGCAAAUAAGUAUGGUUAGUAUUACUUCAUUCUGUUAUGAGAAAACCCUGUUGUAAAAAGUAGUGCUGUUGCAGGUGUCGUAUAUUUCAAAAUGUUGCAAGUUGUUCUUUCUGCUUUUGUGGUAAACCAAAAGCCCAAGCUCUGUCAAAAAAAGUUUGAUGCAAUGCUUUUACAUGAUUGAGUUGGCAAUUUCGCAUCAUAUAUAUGUAGUUAGUUAACCAUUGCACUUCUUUGUUUGCAAUACUAGCAACCACACUUGAGCCAGAAAAUGAAAAUUUUAAAAUAGACAUAACCACAGAGCCGUUAGACAGACAAGAGAACAAAAACCAAAUCAUUUGAAGAAGCGCAAUAAAACUCCCUAUCUCCCAUGGUUUUGAACUUUUGAUUAGUUUUAAAUGCCUCAAAAUUUUGGGUACAGAUAAAGUAAAAAUUGCUGAUAAAUCAUAAGUGCUAAUAAUAAUGAUGAAAAGGCUCAGUCUCUCCCAGUGAUGAAUUCUUCACAAUUUUUGGUAAUCAAAAAGGCAUAAUCAGCAGAAAAGCAUAAUAGAAGUAUUCUGGGAUGGACUUUUUACAAGCCGCUGACAGGUUGACCUUGUUCCCGAUAGUUUAAUC